GGCACGCUCUCUCUCUCGCUCUCGCUCUCGCUCUCUAACACACACACACACGUGUGCUGCAGGAGAUCUGAGUGCUAGGUCGCUGAGCAUUCAGCCUCUUUCUCUCUCUCUCUCUCUCUCUCUCUCUGCCCCUCCCUCUACUGCGCACUCGCUCUCUCUCUCUGUUCACCUUGGCUGCUGGGUGGUGUGGAGUUAUUGUUGCGUCAGAGCCAGAGAGAUCCAGAGACAGCCAUGCCGGGGGAGAGCUCUCACAGAUCUGUCCCCAAAGAAAAACAUCCGGAGCGGGGAGCAGAACAGACAGGCCUGCCUGAACCAGACAUGAUCAUACAUGCCUCCACUGACUCCACCCCUAGUGACAGUGGCUCCACCCCUAGUGACAGUGGCUCUAGUCCCUCCCCCAGCACCCCUCAGAAGCUGCUCCCAUCAUGCACCUCUCUGUUUGGGCCGCGAUUGGUCCGGGCCACGCCCAGCUCAUCCGCGACCCCGCGACCCCAGCCUGAAGGUUCCGACCGUCGUCACAGUAACACGGUCCGGCUUAGCGGGAAGUUUGGAGGUCACGGACCCUGUGGACGCCGCAGCGGACCCGUGAAGAUGGAGAGAAUCAAGGUCCUGAUGGGCUCAGAGGUGGAGAGUGACUACAAGCAGCCAGAGAACAUGGACACACGGGUGGUGAUGGGCCAGGAGGCCCUGCUCAAGACCAAGGAGACCCUGACAGGGAAGUGCCCAGGCAGACAGAGCAGCCAGGCGGUACCCCUGCCCGGAGGCCCAGUCUUGGAGGUCCCUAAGCCUCCCUCAGAGCCCCAGGCCGAGGCUGGGGAAAAGGCCCAACUGGACACAGGGCAGGAGAGAGACAACUCACCUCUGACCCCAAAGAUGGAGCAAGAGCAGGAGAGAAGCCCUGUCCUGCCCAUUAGCCCUCUCCUCACCUCUCUCCUAACCCCCCUCAUCCCUGCCUCCCCUCCCUCCUCAGAGCCAGUCACAGUGGAUGUUAGUUUGACGGGCAGCUUAAGCCCAUUGGAGGCAGGGCUGUCUCCCUAUGGUGAAAUGUCUUUUGUAUGUGCCAUGUAUGCCAAGCCUUCCCUGUCCGAGCCAGCCUAUCCCCCUGCUAUCCUAUCCUUCACUGAGCCCGCCUAUGCCGUGGACCCUCUGAGAGUGGGCGUUCCCUCAUCCCUGGAUCCUGACCUGUACUACACCGCCCCCUCCACCCCCAUCAAGAUGGCUGCUCGCCCCUCACACCUCAAACACCGCUCUUACCCCGGCUCCCCAGCCUCUCCUCUCUCACCAAACUCCCCCUCGGACAGCGAGGACCUGUGCUCCCCCCUCACCUCCCCCUCUGGCUCCUACGUCACUGCGGAGGGGGGCAGCUGGACUUCUUCCACCUCCCCCUGCACCUCCCCCAAUCUGCUCCUGGCAGAGGAGGUGCAGGAGGCACCUGCAUGCUUUGUCAGCUCGCUGUCUGAAAUCGGAGAUGAGGUGGGGGAGGAUAGGGGAGCAGUAGGGGAGAGGGCAGAGGAGAGGGAAGGAGGAGCAGCAGAGUGGCGGUUCUGCCUCUAUAAGGGUCUAGCAGAGACUGUGAUCCUGGAGGAGGAGGAGAUGCUGAGAGGGGAGGUGAGAGGGAGGAGGAGUGAGGAAGCGACAGUCUCAAGGGGUAGCUGUCGCCCUCGCUGGGUGACAGAGGACACUUCCCCAUUGAGGAGCAGCAGCGGCAGAAGCACCGACUCCCAGGAAGAGGGAGGGGAGUCGGAGGGCUCGCUCUGCCCAGCAGAGAAUGCUCUGGCUGGGGGACAGCAGUACUCUAGUCCACUGCUGCAAAGAGGCCUGGAGCUGGAGCUGCAGGCCUGUGUGUCUGAGGAGCUUUACCCUCCCAUUACCAACUCCCCACGGCUGACCUCCAUCUCCUCCCCCUUUGCCCCAGACAUGGGGAACCUAAGCCCUCACACCUCCAGCGUCAACCCUGCUUCCCCCAACCUCACCCUGGACACCUGCUCUCCAGAUGUGUCAGACGGGGAUAACUCCAGUCCGUACGGAGAGAUGGGUCCCUUCCUGCUGUUCCCAGGCUCCUACAGUGAUGAUGGAGAAAUGGAGGAGGAGGAGGAGGAGGAGGAGGAGGAGGAGAGGAUGAUCCCAGCCUCUCUGCUUAACUUCCCCCUCCACACCAGCCUCCUCUUCCAGGCAGACUCCAUGGAGAUCACUCUCUUCCCCACAGAGGAGGGGAAUGAAGGGAAUGAUGUGGAUGCGUACGCGGCCGGAGAGGAGGAGGGGGACGUGGAGGAUGAUGAUGAAGAUGAUGAUGAUGAUGAUGAUGAUGAUGAUGAUGAGGAAGAAGUGGAGGCUAAGGUAGAGAUAGAGGAGGCUAAGGUAGAGGUAGAGAUAGGGGAAGAGGUGGAUGAAGAGGAGGGUGAGGAUGUUGAGGAGGAGGGUGAGGGUAAGGCUGUAAAUGACCCAGCUGAAGAGGACACCUCGGCCUCCUUCCUUCAUUCACUGUCGGAGACUUCCAUCAACGAGGGGCUGGAUGAAUCCUUCUGUUUCCAUGACGACACUGACGACUCACUAGACUCUGCCUCUUAUAAUGGCGAGGAGGAUGAGCGGCUGUAUAGCACAGAGAGACAUGCUGAACCACCCACAGAACCACCCACAGGACCACCCACAGAACCACCCACAGAACCACCUACAGAACCACCCACAGAACCACACAAAGCCAAACCUCAGCCUGAAACCAGACCAGAGGCCCACUGCACUGAACCGUCCCAGUCCCAGAGGAGACCUAGCCUAAACAAUCCCCCAGGAGCCAAAGAGCCCAGGCCUGAUGAUCCUCCAGGACCUAGACCACCACAACCUGCACUUGCACCUGCCCAACCUGCGGAAUCAGCCCACCCCGAGUCCUCCAACAGCGGCAGUGAGAGUGAAAUGGAGAUCUCCUCAGAGUCCUCUGACCCUCCUGUCCCUGCUCCUUCUCAGGAGAGCCCUUCUGUCUCUACCCUUACCCCUAAACCUGCUACAACCCCUUACCCUGCUACCCCUACCCUAAAGACUAUCCCUAAGACUACCCCUGCUACCGUGUCAACCCCUAAAACCAAGCCUGCAACUCUCUCUAACCCCAACACUAACCGUGCAACUGCCCCUAACGCUAAAUCUGCUACUGUCUGUACCACUAACACUAACCCUGCUACAGCCUCAACACCACAAAAUAACCCUGCUACUUCCUCCACCCCCAAAACUAACCCUGCUACCGUCUGUCCACCUGAAAUUAACCCUGCUAUGGUCUCUACCCCUAACACUAACAGUGCUCCUGCCCCUAACGCUAAAUCUGCUACAGCCUGUACCACUAACACUAACCCUGCUACAGCCUCAACUCCAAAAACUACCCCAGCUACAUGCUCUACCCCAAACCCUGCUGCUACUCCUAACACUAACCCUGCUGCUACAAUCGAGGAGACAGCGUCCCACAGCAAUCCUGUCACCCUGGCAACGCAGCCAUCCCAUAACAGCCCUGUGACCAUGGCAACAGAAACAGGGCGAGCCAAAGCAGCUGCAGAGGAAGUACGGGCUGGUACGGUGAGAGAGGAGGACAAAAGGAGUGGUGCAAAGAGAGAGAAAGACAAACAGAGCGGUGGGGAGAGAGAGAAGGACAAAAAGAGCAGUGGGGAGAGAGAGGACAAAAAGAGCGGUGCGGAGAGAAAGAAAUACAAACAGAGCGGUGGGGAUAGAGAGAAGGACAAACAGAGCGGUGGGGAGAGAGAGAAGGACAAAAAGAGCGGUGCGGAGAGAGAGAAGGACAAACAGAGCGGUGCGGAGAGAGAGAAUGACAAACAGAGCGGUGCGGAGAGAGAGAAGUACAAACAGAGCAGUGCGGAGAGAGAGAAGGACAAACAGAGUUGUGCAGAGAGAGAGAAGGAUGAACAGAGCACAGAGACUUCAGAAGAGGACCACACAGAGCAGACAGACAGAGACUCGUUCAAACUACUCAUUAAGCCACGCCCCUCUAAGUCAGACACACCCCGGCCUAAACAGAAGACCUCUGAGCCCUGUAAGCCCCUCCCACGUGUGUUUGGGGUGGCAGCGGCAUCAGUCCGGUCCAACCCGCUUCUGGUGUCAGUGCUGGAACUGGACCAGAAGAACGGGAACAGCGGCGCUGAAGGUGUGGACUCCCAUCUGGUCCUUGAAGGGACCACUGCCACCAACGACCUGAACAAGGGGGUCCCUCUGCUCUCGUACCCCAAAGAACCUAACCCCAGCAACAUCCCUGUCUCUUCCUGCCCUGAGAGCUCACCUGACCUGGCUAACAACCUGUCCCUGACCCCUGACCUCUGCCCAUGUGACCCCGCCCAGGAGAACCUGAGGGAGAACACCUUGAGCACUGAGGAUGGGGGCCCUGGGGCCCUCGGCUCCCCUCACACACCCCUGGCUGUCUCUCCCAAGAGGGAGAACUCAGAGACAGACACAGGGGGGAGGAGGGGAGCUGGGGGCUGGAGAGCUGAUAGGAGGGAAUGA